CUUUGCCAUCGCAGCACGAGGCGUUACUGCAUCACAUUUAUUAGAGAUCAUUUCUUAUUUUUUCUUAAAGGCCCUUAAAAGGUUGUGUGAUGGCUGCUGUCUACACGUCCUGAAGGUUGUUUGAAUCAUCAAGGGGCGGAAAGCAGCAACACCUCCUCCUCCUCUGCUUCCUCCUCCUCCUCCUUUUUAAAAAGGGGCUCCGUCGCUGUGUUAAAGUGGAGGAAAGGCGCCGAGAGCCGUCUCCCAGUCUCUGAAGCAUCCCCCCUGGAGGGUUUUAACUUGGAUAUCGGAGGUUGCAGCGUGGAAGGCUGCGGCCAUGUCUCCUUUCCUAAGGAUCGGCUUCUCCAGCUUUGAGAUGGAUCCCGGCCUGGCCUACCACGAGGAGGUGCUCAGCCCGUACUGCGCGGUUUACAUGAAGGAGGCCAUCGACACAGAAAAGGGCCAAGUGCACAAGCAGAAGAAGCCCACCAUGUACCCGCCGUGGAGCACCACGUUCGACGCCCACAUCCACCGCGGGCGCGUCAUGCACGUGAUGGUGAAGGACCGGACGGCCGAGCUCAAGUCCGAGACCACGGUGGCUCUGGACUCGCUGGCCACGCAGUGCAAGAAGGAGAACGGCAAGCUGGAGAUCUGGCUGGAGCUGAAGCCACAGGGACGCCUGCUGAUGGAGGCCAAAUACUAUCUGGAGAAAAGCGACGCGGCGGGUCAGGCGGAGGGAGACCAGGAGUGCGGCUCGGAGAGAGAGGGCCUGUUCGCCCUCCACCAGCGGCGAGGGGCCAUCAAACAGGCCAAAGUCCACGUGGUCAAAUGUCACGAGUUCAGCGCCACGUUCUUCCCUCAACCGACCUUCUGCUCCGUCUGCAAGGAGUUUGUCUGGGGUCUGAACAAGCAGGGUUACCAGUGCAGACAGUGCAACGCGGCCAUUCACAAAAAGUGCAUAGACAAGGUCCUGGCUAAGUGCACAGGCUCCGCCAUCAACAGCAAGGAGACGCUGAUCCACAAGGAGCGCUUCAAAAUCGACAUGCCCCAUCGGUUCAAGGUCCACAACUACAAGAGCCCCACCUUCUGCGAACACUGCGGGACUCUGCUGUGGGGGCUCGCCAAGCAGGGACUCAAAUGUGAGGAAUGCAGCAUGAACAUCCAUCACAAAUGCCAGAAGAAAGUGGCCAACCUCUGCGGGGUCAACCAGAAGCUGAUGGCUGAAGCUCUGGCCGUCAUCGAGACCAAACAGCAGGCCAGAAGCAACAGAGAGAGCGACUGCGAGGUCGUCGGCAGAGAAGGCCCGGUGGGCGUCGGCCAGCCGGGAGCGGUGCGGACUCCGUCGGGUUCAACGGCGACGCCGCCUGCAAACAAAGGGCCGCUGGGCGUCUCGUGGGACGGGCCGGGGGGCCUCGGCGGGUCGAUCCGCGAGGCGCCGACGGACGAGGAGCCCCUUUACGCCGUCCCCAACAAGGACCACCACCGCCCCAAGUUCACCGUCGAGGACUUCGUCCUGCACAAGAUGCUCGGGAAGGGCAGCUUCGGCAAGGUGUUUUUGGCCGAGCUGAAGAAAAGCGGCGAGUUUUACGCGGUGAAGGCGCUGAAGAAGGACGUGGUGCUGAUGGACGACGACGUGGAGUGCACCAUGGUGGAGAGGAGGGUCCUCUCUUUGGCUUGGGAGAACCCUUUCCUCACGCACCUCCACUGCACCUUCCAGACCAAGGAGAACCUCUUCUUCGUGAUGGAGUACCUGAACGGAGGAGACCUCAUGUUCCACAUCCAGUACAGCCACAAGUUUGACGUGCACAGAACCACCUUCUACGCAGCGGAAAUCAUCUGUGGGCUCCAGUUCCUGCACUCCAAAGGCAUCAUUUACAGGGAUCUGAAGCUGGACAACGUGCUGCUGGACUCCGAGGGUCACAUUAAGAUAGCAGACUUUGGCAUGUGCAAAGAAAACAUGCAGGACGAGUCGCGAACCGCCACCUUCUGCGGGACACCCGACUACAUUGCCCCCGAGAUCCUGCUGGGUCAGAAGUACAACAGCUCGGUGGACUGGUGGUCCUUCGGGGUCCUGCUCUACGAGAUGCUGAUCGGUCAAUCUCCGUUCCACGGCCGCGACGAAGAGGAGCUGUUUCAGUCCAUCCGCACGGACAACCCCGUUUACCCCCGCUGGCUCACCAAGGACGCCAAGGACAUUCUGAUCAAGUUGUUUGUGAGGGAGCCCGAGGGGCGACUGGGAGUGAAGGGAAACAUCAGACAGCACAGCUUCUUCAGCAGCACCGACUGGGCCGCCCUGGAACAGCGGAAGGUGGAGCCGCCCUUCAGGCCAACUUUGACGUCGCCCAGUGACUGCAGUAACUUUGACAAAGAGUUUAUCAACGAGAAGCCUCGGCUGUCGUGUGCCGACCGGACGCUCAUCAACAGCGUCGACCAGACGAUGUUCAAGAACUUCUCCUUCGUCAACCCGGGGAUGGCUCGCAUGGCGGCGCGCUGACCAUCGACCACGCGUCACAACCAGCACUCACUGGAACUGCAGAGACUUUUGACUCGACGCUAACCACUACGGGGCGUCCUGGGUUCAAAAGGCGCCGCGCGAACCAAACUUUUAAGAUAAAACGAAAUAGUCGAAUCAGCCAAAUCAAAACAGUGUUUCCCCUACCAUUAAAUAUAUCGUGCCUUCACGCAGGCAGUUCCCCUCCGACAGGUGCGAGCAUAAGUCUCAAUGUAAGCGCGUACGUGGUGCUCGCAGCGGACAGACUACCCCCCCCCCCCCCCCCCCACAGAGAACAGACAGGCUACCACUACCACCCCCCCCCCCCUCCUUCUAGGGGAAACACUAAUAAAAUAAAAAAUAAAAAGAAUUUGACAAUAUACCAUUUUAACGCCCCACAUUAAAUGAGUAAAUAAUAGCAUAAAAUUCCAGUAUUUCACCCUUUGAACUUGCCUUUGUGCUCCUCACAGUGUGUUUAAUGUUAGAAAAUGGACUUAUCGUGCCUAUUAAUACUUUAAGUUAAUUUCUUCCAGUACAGUAAACAGACUUUUUUUUUUACACCACAGAUUACACCUCUUUUCCUACCUAAUAGGAUUCCAAAGCUUAAAAAGUAUUUUACCUCAACGAUGGUGCAGCCCUUUGUUGUGUAAAUAUAUGUGAAACUGUUGGAUGUUAGCAGGUUAUUUGUUUACGUGUUUUCAUAUUGUACCUCAGGAGUUUUAUUAAUGCUGUAAUUUAAAUCAGGUACGAACAUCAGCUGUAUACUGUAGUUUUUAUCGUUCUCUCCUCCAUUGUGAAUCACGUACAAUAAAAUAUG